AUUGCUCUAGUACCAACCAAAACCUAGAAAAUAUUAAUAGGAUUGAAUGUCCUCCGUUUUGCUUCAUUGCCAUCCAAUUUAUACUCUCAUUACCUAGGAAUAAUUUUCCCUGUUAAUUGUCUAUUCACUACCUACUACUCCUUUAAUAUUUCCCAGUUUCAAUUCGAAUUAUGAACUUUAGUUGGGUAUUAAUACUCGAGUAGAGAAUAGUUGUCACCAGAAAGUGUUAUGACAUACACAAGAAUGCUCUUGCGGCAAUCCACCCCAUCUCUUGGGAGAGUUGGCAUAAAUAAGUCUUUAUUACUUCGCAGAUCGUCAUAUUCCCCCUUCAAUCAAAUUCCAUUAUCUUUCAACUCUCUGUCGUGUCGAAACCUUUCUACGAAUCCAAAAAGAUCUCUGACAGCCAUCACAAAUCAACCGAAAUGGAGCAAGCUUCCCAUAACACGAAACGUUCGAUUUGUAUCUGGUAAAUCUUUCCCCCAGCGACGAUCGAAAGCUCUAAACUUUCUAUACCGAUCUGCGGCUUUACUUGGAGGUUCAUUAAUACUUUUGGGAGUCGGUGUUGUUGGAUUCUUCGUCUAUGAUGCCACGACAUAUCGCGAAGAUCUCACAUACUCGGAUAUUUCCAUUUCGGAGCUCGCAUUGUCCCCACGCACAGGAGGUCCUAAGAAUUUACCUAUUGCUGAAGUUCAAAUCGACGAUGAUGAUACUGAGGAGAUGCAAAAGCAGAAAGAUAAGCCAAAAUUGGUUAUUCUUGGGAGUGGAUGGGGAAGUGUCGCAUUGUUAAAGACUUUGAAUCCCGAUGAUUAUCAUAUCACUCUGGUUUCACCCACGAAUUACUUCCUCUUCACACCUAUGUUACCUUCUGCAACGGUGGGAACAUUGGAGUUUCGGUCUUUAGUAGAACCAAUUCGAAGGAUUAUUACAAGAGUUAAAGGUCAUUUCAUAAGGGCUACAGCAGAAGAAAUUGAGUAUUCGGAAAAGUUGGUAGAAUUAGUAGGGAAGAGCCCAACGGGUAAAGAAGUACGAUUUUAUCUACCAUACGAUAAACUGGUCAUAGGAGUUGGAUCAACAACAAAUACCCACGGCGUGAAAGGACUGGAAAAUUGUCACUUCUUGAAAGAUAUUGAUGAUGCUCAGAGGAUUCGAAAUUCCAUUUUGACCAAUUUGGAAUAUGCAUGCCUACCAACAACAUCCGAUGAUGAGCGGAAGAGAUUACUUUCAUUCGUUGUUAGCGGGGGCGGUCCUACAGGAGUAGAAUUUGCUGCUGAAUUAUUCGAUCUUCUUAAUGAAGAUCUCACAGCACACUUUCCUCGGAUUCUUAGAAAUGAGAUAUCCGUGCACGUUAUUCAAAGUAGAGGCCAUAUUCUUAAUACAUAUGAUGAAGCCGUUUCCAAAUAUGCCGAGGAUCGAUUCGCCCGUGAUCAGGUGGAAAUCCUCACCAACUCCAGAGUCAAGGAGGUCAGACCCGAUAAGAUUUUAUUCACUCAAAAGGGGGAGAAUGGCGAGUCUAUCGUCAAGGAAUUACCCAUGGGAUUUUGCCUUUGGUCUACGGGUGUUUCGCAAACUAAAUUCUGCCAAACAAUAUCUGCAGCACUUGGUUCCUCACAAACCAAUCGUCAUGCGUUAGAGACUGAUACCCAUCUUCGUCUAAAUGGCACACCUCUAGGUGAUGUCUAUGCAAUUGGUGAUUGCGCAACCGUUCAAAACAACGUUGCAGAUCACUUGGUCACCUUCCUCCGCACUCUUGCAUGGGAAAAAGGUCAGGAUCCAGAAAAAGUGCAACUCACGUUCCGUGACUGGCGAGAUGUUGCACAGAAAGUACGAAAGAGAUUCCCCCAAGCAGCCGACCAUCUCAAACGUGUCGAUAAACUCUUCCAGGAGUUUGAUAAGGAUCAAUCCGGAACUCUCGAUUUUGGCGAAUUGAGAGAACUUCUCAUGCAAAUAGAUAGUAAACUUACAUCCCUCCCCGCUACCGCCCAGAGAGCUCACCAACAAGGUCAAUACCUUGGACACAAAUUCAACAAAAUGGCAAAAGCAGAACCGGGAAUGAGGGUCAAUGAUAUGAGGGAUGGUGAUUUGGAUGAAGCUAUCUAUAAGGCUUUUGAAUAUCGUCACCUGGGAAGUUUAGCAUACAUCGGCAAUUCCGCAGUUUUUGAUCUCGGUGGUGGAUGGAGUUUCGCGGGAGGUCUUUGGGCAGUUUAUGCAUGGAGAAGUGUGUAUUUUGCUCAGAGUGUGAGUUUUAGAACAAGAUGUUUAUUGGCUAUGGACUGGGCUAAAAGGACACUUUUUGGAAGAGGUAUGCUUCUCUUAAUACUGGAGUUUAAUGAUUGUCAUUGGAAUAGCUAACUAACUUUUGAAACAGAUUUGAUGAAUUGGUAAAUAGCUUAGGUUUCGUAGGCUGGGGUAAACGGAAAAGGAUUGCGGUGGUGGCUAUGUCUUGUGGAAUAGUUUGGAGGGUGGAUGAAAAGCAUUUAUAUUGCAUGAUACUGGUAUUAUUACUAGUAGGUAGCUGGGGGUAUCCCAAAAAUUUAUAUCGAAAGAGAGAAUGAAAGAAAUGAGUUUAUCAAGAAUUACGAAAGCUGAAAAUUAUUUAUUCUUUGAAAUGGAUAGAUUAAUUCUCACAAUGGGGGGUUUUUUUGGUUAUUUUUAUAUAUU